UGUCAUGGAUUCUCACCCAUUUCUAGAAUCAGACGGGACUUAGGGCGAAUGUUUGAAGUUAAAAAAAAUCUUUACAGCAAAUACAGCAAAUGUAUAAAUAGACUCGUCUUUUAUAUAAUCCACGAAGCAGAAAUUGAGCGUGGAGUUUUAUCCGAAGCGAAGAUAAAAGAUGAACCGCUGCUAUGCUAAGAUGGCGACGUCCGGUCGAAGAGAAGGAGGAAAAGAAUCAUCGCCGACAACCACGGAGAAAAAGCCCCAAACUGCAGAUAACGAAGAGGAUGGUAGCUCCAGUUGGAUGCAGGAGGAACCGCAGCACCCCAAAAGUGUAAAAGAGGAAGCGGAGGAACUCUGGACCACUCAGAAUGGAGAGUAUCUUCUAGGUCUGGAGGUGGCUGAUCUCACCAAGUCGCCACUGACCGGUGUCUUAGUGAAGACUGAAGACCUUGAAGACAGACGUUUGAAUGUCCAGCAGUUGAUUGGUUGUCAAGAAGAGCAUUCCCAUCAGCUCCAGCGGGGGAGGUCCAAUUUGAAGGAGGAAGAUCCACCACCAUGUCACGUUAAAAAGGAGUGUCUUCUUGGGUCGGAGGAGGCUGAUCUCACCAAGUUUCCACUGAAUGUUGUCUCUGUGAAGACCGAAGACCAUGAAGAUGAACCAAUUGAGUCCUCACAGCUUCAUCACAGUCCAAGUGAGGAGAACAGAGACAGCAUCUCACCACAACACAUGACAACAGAAACCGAUGGAGACCACUGUGGAGGAUCCCAAGCAGACAACCUCUUAGCUCCGCUAUCAGAUAGCGACGACGCAACAUCACACUCUCCUCAGGAUGAAGACUGUGAUCACACCCGAGAACCUUUGAGCAGCGAUACAGACUGGGAAGUUGAUAUGAGGACUCAAACUGACGACAAACACUCUGAAUGCUCUAAAAAGCGGACAGGCAGCCAGCAGCUGAUUGGUUGUCAACAAGAACGUUCCACUCAACCACGGGGGUUGAGCUUCAAUUGGAAGCAACAGGAUCCACAUCUCCCCCACGUAAAAGAGGAGGAACUAUGUACCAUUCAGCAGGGACAGUGUCUUCAAGGUCUGGAGACGACUGAUCUCACCAAGUUGCUACUGACUGAUGUCUCUGUGAAGACCGAAGACCAUGAAAACGAACCAAUUGAGUCCUCACAGCUUCAUCACAGUCCAAGUGAGGAGAACACCACACCACAACACAUGACAACAGAAGCCGAUGGAGACCACUGUGGAGGAUCCCAAGCAGACCACCUCUUAGCUCCGCUAUCAGAUAGCGACGACACAACAUCACACUCUCCUGAGGAUGAAGACCGGGACCGCAACCAAGAACCUUUGAGCAGCGAUACAGACUGGGAAGGUGAUAUGAGGACUCAAACUGGCUUUGCUUGUUCUGUUUGUGGUCAAAGGUUCUCUCGAAAGUCCAACAUGGCAUCGCAUGUGAGAACGCACACAGGAGAACAACCUUUUGCUUGUUCCGUUUGCGCUCAAAGGUUCUCUAAUCAGUCGAGUAUGGCGCGACACAUGAGAACGCACACGGGGGAAAGACCUUUUAGUUGCUCAGUUUGCGAUAAAAGCUUCUCUCGAAAGUCCAACAUGGCGUCACACAUGAGAACGCAUACGGGGGAAAAACCUUUUGCUUGUUCUCUUUGCGGUCGGAGAUUCUCUGAUCAGUCCACGAUGAUACGGCACGUGAGAAUGCACACAGGAGAAAAACCAUUUAGUUGCUCAGUUUGUGAUAAAAGAUUCACUCAAAGGUCUACUGUGGUGUCACACAUGAGAACACACAAACGAGAGGAAUCUAAUGUUUGCGGUCAAAGGUUCUCUGAUCAGUCAAGUGUGGUAUCACGUACAACAAAGCCCACAGAAGAGAAAACCAUUAGUUGCUCCGUUUGUUGUAAAAGAUUCACUCGGAAAAGAGAGAUGGUCAGACACAUGAGAACGCACACAGGAGAAAAACCUUUUAGUUGUUCUGUUUGCGGCCAAAGAUUCUCUCGAAAGUCGAAUAUGGUAUCACACAUGAAAAUACACACAGGACAAAAAAGUUUUUGUUGCACGGUUUGCGGUGAACGUUACACUCACAGACCCAGUUUGACUCGCCACAUGCUGAAACACACAGCAGAAAAACCUUUUAGUUGCUCCGUGUGUCGCAAAAGAUUCUCUCACAGAGACACAAUGGUCAGGCACAUGAGAACACACCCAGGAGAGAAACCUUUUAGUUGCUCAGUUUGCGCGCAUAGAUUCUCUCAAAAGGCACACGUGGUAUCACACAUGAGGGUGCACACCGGAGAGAAACCCUUUAGUUGCUCAGUUUGCGAUAAAAGAUUCACUCGGAAAGCAGAGAUGGUCAGACACAUGAGAACGCACACGGGAGAAAAACCUUUUGGUUGUUCUGAUUGCGGUCAAAGAUUCACUAGAAAGUCAAGUAUGGUCACACACAUGGGUACACACAUGGGACAGAAACCAUUCUGUUGCUCAGUUUGCCGUGAAGGUUUCUCUUGUAAGAAAAGACUGGCAACACACAUGCAGACACACAUUCUACUGGCCACAAAAGUGUAACGUCACAUGAGCGAAGCUUCUAGAAAGUGUUAAUUUACUGUGUGUAUGAUGUUCGAUUCCCUCAUGAUAGUGUGCUGUUCAUCCCGGCAGAGACAGGACAACUUUUUCCUCAUCUUCCUUCUUACUAUAAAUGUAGUCCUGUGUAUUUCACAUAAUAUAUUUGGUCAAACAUAUUAAACAAAAAUGUGUC